AUGGCCAGCACCACGACGCAGACACAGACCCAAACCUCCACCUCCACAACAACUCUGACCGCCACCUCCCCUUCUCCCGAGGCCUCGGACUCGAAAGCGGCGCCGCCCACCCAGCAAGAUGAGGAACUCGACAUCUACGACGAGAUCGAGAUCGAAGACAUGACCUUCGACAAGACGCUGCAGCUCUACCACUACCCGUGUCCGUGCGGCGAUCGCUUCGAGAUCCACAUCGACUCGCUGAGAGACGGCGAGGAUAUUGCGGUGUGUCCCGGCUGCAGUCUUAUGAUCAGGGUCAUCUUUGAUCAGGAGGAUCUGCGUGAGAAAGAGGAUGGCUGA